CGAAAAUCAAUCUUGUGAACACAAAGGAGUGUGAGGGAAACAAUUAAAAGACAGAAUGAACUGCAAUUCAUAUCAAAUUAUGUAUUCUAUCAGAAUAUUAAUAUUAUGGAUUAUAUUUCAAAUUACAGCAGCAAGUGAUGGUAUUUGCAACUAUGAACUUUUGCGCGACACUACAAUAAAACCAGAUAAUAUUUCACAAGAUGCGACUAAAAGUCUUUUCAAAAUAGAUGAUGCUGAUGCAUGUGGUCAAAAAUGCUGUGAUAUCGAUGGUUGCAUGGCUGGAAUGUUUCGAAUUGAAGAUCAAAUUUGUCUACUUAUAAACUGUGAUGAAGUUCCUGGAGGAUGCGUAUUUCAAGAUGAUAAUUUGCCAAUCGUCACAAUACGAGUCAAGAGAGAAAGUAAAAAAGGAGAUGACGCCAUCAAAGUUGAAGAAUCAAAUAAUAAUUUGGAUGCAAGUACAAAUGAAGAAAAUAUAGUAUCAGUUGGUACAAACAAUAAAGAUAAUAAUGACAUUAUACAAACAAGCGCAAUACCCACUGUACAUGUUAGUAAUUCAAAAAACAAUAUAUCGGAUACUGGUUCUGGUAUGGAGUCGCCACUUUCUUCCACUGUUGGAAUUGGAAAUUCACCACAUGAAGAAACAUCGAAAUCAUUAAACACUAUGGCACCUUCAGUUGAAGUGACAACUUCGAAACCGCCAUCUUCAAGCACUGUCUCUACAUCAACCGUCCCUAAUACUUCACCUGCACCGUCUGCUACCACAAUUACAUCUACAUCGACUAGUUCAACUUUAGCUACAACAACAAAAUCAACUACAGUAGAAAGAAUCAAAUUAACAGUGUCUACAGGCGGUAAUCAAGAAAUAAGAUUGCCAGUUGACUCUGUUGCAAUUCAUGCUGAUGUCUCUCCAUUAUCAGAUCAUCCAUAUGACUAUCUAUGGAAGUUGAUAAAACAUCCUGAAGAUUUCCAAGGAACACAGUCUGGUAUUGAGACAGAAACAUUGAAACUGGCAACGCUUACACAAGGAGAAUAUGAAUUCAAGGUUGAAGUAAGUGGGGAAAAUUCAUAUGGAGAAGCGUCAGUAAACAUUACCGUUCUACCAAAACUCCGAGUCAAUAAACCACCUGUUGCUGUUAUAUCACCAACUUUCCAAGAACUCACUUUACCGACUGAUUCUACUCUUUUAGAUGGAUCACAGAGCCAUGAUGAUGACGGUAUUGAGACGUAUGAAUGGGAAGAAGUAGAAGGACCUUUACAAGCCAAUAUUAAUAAAGAUAAGAACGGGAAUCUUCCAAAUGAAAAAGUGUUGAAAAUUACUGGUCUCAUUGUCGGAAACUACACAUUCAAAUUAACAGUUACAGAUACUGAUAAAGUAACAGAUUACACAGAGGCAAUAAUCAUUGUUAAAAACAAAAUCGACAAUCCACCAAUCGCCAAUGCUGGAUCAAAUCAGGUGAUUCACUUACCACAAACAUCAGCUGUAUUAUGUGGGAAUGACAGCACAGAUGAUUGGGGAAUUGUCAAUUACAAAUGGUCACUCAGUCCUGACAGCAAGAAGGAUGUGGUUGAUAUGCAGGGAGCAAGAAAGAAAUGCAUUGAAUUAUCAAACUUGGAAGUUGGCGAUUAUACUUUUCAACUAACAGUAACUGAUGAAGCAGGACAAGAAGAUACAGCUAAAGUUACAAUCAUAGUACAACCUGAAUCCAAUCAUCCACCAUUAGCAAAUGCUGGAACGGAUCAACAACUUCUAUUACCUUUAGAGAAUGGUGUCGUUACUGGUAAUUUAGAUGGUUCUGCAAGUAAAGAUGAUAAGUCAAUAACUACUAGACUAUGGAAAAUGACCAGUGGCCCGCAACCAGUCACCAUUGUCAAGCCUGAUGAUUUAGUAACAUCAGUUACAGGGAUUACGAAACCAGGAAAAUAUGUGAUGACAUUAACUGUUACUGAUGCUGAUGGAGCUUCUAGUUCUGAUGAUGUUGUCAUUACAGUGAAAGAAGAGCAACCGCCCAUAGCAUUAGCAGGUUCGGACAUCAUUUUAACUCUCCCUGACAACGUAGCAAUGUUAGAUGGAAGUAAAUCAACUGAUGAUUAUGGAAUCACAGAAUACGAAUGGAUAAGAUCAGACAAAAGUCCUGCUGCUGGUUAUUUUCUGAACGAGUCAAAUCACCAAGCUGUUCUUCAUGUUGCUGGUUUGGUACAAGGAUCAUUUACUUUUAUAUUAAAAGUUACGAAUAUUCGUGGAAAAUCAUCACAAGAUGAAGCAAGAGUUACCGUGGUUUCUGAUCCUCUCACCGAUAAUUUGGUUGAACUUCAUCUUGAUGCAAACAUACUAAGAUUUGAUGAAGCACAGAAACAAACAGUUAUUAAACAAUUGGAAGUUCUACUUUCUUUACAACCUGAUGAUAAAAUCAUUGUUACAGAUGUAUUUGCUGAACAUGGAACUGGACAUAUGAUUGUCUUAUUCUACGUCAAAUCAAAAGAUGGUCAAAUACUUCCUGCAAUGACAGUAACAGACUCUUUGAAUUCAAAAUUAAAAUAUGAUGUUGAUUUUCUGGAGUUCAAGUUUUUGAGAGCGGAUACAUAUGUUUGCGAAAACACUUGUUCUGGUCAUGGCAGAUGUCACUCCGGAACUCAUGAUUGCGAAUGUGAUUUAUUUUGGAUGGAAAACUUUUUCAGAGUUUAUAUGGGCGAUGGAAAGAGAAAUUGUGAUUGGAGUGUCCUGUAUGUUGGCAUCGUUACUUUCAUCAUCAUCACAUUAUUCAGCUGUGCAAUGUGGUUCUUUGCCUGUUUUUGUUUGAAAAAGCGAAAUAAAAGAUCACCAAACAGAAGACGCAAAAAUUACACAACUCAUGACAAAGCAAGAUAUGAAAAGUUACCAAUGAAACCACACAGAAAUGGACAUGUUCGAAAAAAUGGAUAUGUACGACCGGGAGUAACAGCCUACAAAUCAAGUAGUAUAAUGAGGAGCAUUUCAUCCUCAACUUCAAGUUUAUCUGACUCAGACGCAGCAAAAGAACAUACUUUAUUCGAGAGAAAAAGACUCUUGCUUUCUUCAAAUGGCGGAGGAAGACCAAAUGGUGCUUUUGAUCCUAUCGAAGCCGAUUUUGCUAAAGUAAAAGUCCGUAAAUCUUCAUCUUCUUCAUUUAGUAAAAACUCUAAUAAUUCAGCGCAAAGAGGAGAAAAUUAUAAUCCGUCAUUCGGACAUCAAAGUACUUUAUUGAGGGUCAGAAACAGUGACGAAGAAGAUAUUUUAUAAAUAGUAUUUUGUGUUUUCUUUCAUCUAUCUUCAAAGUGCAAUUGACUGAUAUAAACUUUUAUUAAUAUAUGAUUUUUUUGUUGCUCAUGAUAUCCUCCGAUCAACAUGCCUAUUGGGUAGUUUUGCUGGAAUGAUUGGGACUGUAUGAUCCUAACUUGAAUUACAUUAUCUGAAAAUGUAUAAAGAAUCAAUGCUGCCCAAUAGCUAUUCACAGAGUAUGUCAUCAAUCAACGAUUUAGAUUAUAUGUCCAUCUUUAUUUCUUAUUUAGACUUAGAAAAUUGAGGGUGAAUUCCCAUAUGAUCAUUUGAAGAAAACAUGAUCGGAUAAUUUUAUAUAUUGAGGUGUACAAAAAAUUCCUGGGAUGAUAAAUUUUAGGCAACUAUGACAAAAGCAAUAACUGACAAAAAUAUUUUUGCUUACUUCUCAUGUCUAUGAGUGGUCAACAAUUAAAAAAUUAUGUUAUCUGAAAUUGAAAGAUCAUUGUAUCUAAAAAUAUUAGGAUUGGCAUAAUUUAAUAUCUUUUACAAUCAUUCAACUGGUUGUCGUUAAUUAUGGCUCAACAGGGAAAAUUUUAUUAUAUAAUUAUACAAUUAUACAUAAUUGUAAUUAUAAUUAUACCUUGCAUUGGGACAUUGUCUAUUUCUUCCAGAUAAAAUUAGUAUAUAUGUAUAUAACACCAUACUUGGAAAUUUGUCACAUGCUUAGCUGCCUGUACUAGCUUCAGAUACAUAAUCUUUUUUUGUUGGAGUGGUUAUAACAAUAUUGAUUGUAUUAGUUUGAAACUAAUAUGUACGGCUGCACUUUUAUUUUAUUACUAAAAGACUUGUUGAAAAAAGGACCCUUUUUAUGCAAAAUUCUUAGUUAUCUUAAAUUUAUAGCUACUUAUAAAUGCUUGUGCCUUGUGUUUUUGCUUUUAAUAUCGGUGCUAUGUUGCUUUUUGUGUGUUUUUUUCAUGGACGCUAGUAACUCUUCAAAUAGAUUUAAUACAACAAUUAGAUGUUUUAUGAAAUGAUAAAAUACUUCUAUCAACACCCAAUUCCAAGCAGAUAAGACAUCUGAUAAUUAGAUCACUAUUUGUCAUAAUUUUUUUUUAGUUUUAUUAGUAAGUGGUAGAGAAGUUUUGAUAAUAUUAUGUUAGCUAAAUGAAUUGAUUUUGAUAAGAAUCUGUGACAAGAGAGCUGUUCUUUUUUUUUGAAAAUUUAUUAGAAGAACUUAAUUUGUCUAGUGAUUGGUUUUUAAUUUAUUGGUUCGUAAACUACUUGUCAUUAUCUCAAGUGAAUCACAAAAUAUCAAUUCCAUUUUACCAAAGAUUUACUUCAUAUCUUUCCGAGUGUAGAACUUGAAAAUAAAAUGUUUGAAUUCGUUUAGAGAGAAAUUCAGCUAGUUAUAUCAGAUUUUUAACUAGCCUUUUCAGUUGUCUUAAUUUUAUGUUAGUAAAGUCACACUUUGCGAUUUGUAUACAGUAGGUAAAUAAAUCUAUUGUGAGUCAUAAAAUUUAGAAUCCACUGAUUCAAUACAAUGAUACUAUCCAAAUUCUUCUCUCUGGAUAAUUUACUUAGCAGAUAAUUGGAAGUUGAAAUAAAGAUUCUAAUUAGCAAUUACACCCUUUUAUAAAACUUGCUUUCUCUUGCCGAAUAAUAUAUACGUUGAUUCUUGUUUUUAAUUUUUUCUGUGAAUCUUUUAUUCUAUAAUAAGCUUUGAUUUUUAUUACCUACAUGCUCGCACAAAUACAUUGAAGAUAAUUUUUAUGUUUGAAAUUUGUGCAAUUCUGUUCAAAUUUUAAGUCCCACUUUUACUUAAAUAACCUAUUUUAUUUUUUUCCCCGAGUAAUAUUGAAACUAUAUCUAAAUACACUUGUUGUCAUUAUUAUCACCAAGUAUGAAAUAUGCUCAGUUGUCUCAUAUGUUAUUCAUAAAGAUCUGCUAAGCCUGUGAAGCCAUGUUGAUUAGUAAAAAAUGAUAUAUUGCUACUACGUGGGAGUAAAACCAACACAAUUUUCCUAAAUCAGGAUUAGGGGCUGGGUUAUAAAUAACAAUGGCCCCAGCACCGGAUCCUUUUUUGAAAUUUAUCAAAGUUUUAGAUACACAAAUUCAACUCGGAACUUAUAAAUCGAUAUUACAAAUUGAAUUUAUAUGAAAAAGUAUUAGCUGAGAAGGUUAUUUAUAUAGCGUAUUACAAAAUUGUAAAUGAGGAAAAAUAAGAUGGUUAGGAGCUGAAGCCACUAAAAGUUCUUGUAGCCCCGAUUUUAGCUCUUAUGGUAAGCUUGGCUCUAGCUCAAAUUGUCGCACCUCUGGUUCUCCAGCCCUGUUAAUACAGGUGAAAUGGAAAUUCAACAGGCAUAAAGUAGGAAAUUUGCUUUUUCAUAUCACAAGCGUACAUAAAUAUAAUAGUCCAUUCCAAAAUAUGGGACAAAUAAACUGUGAUAUGGGCAUAAGGCAAUAAUGUAUAUUGUAUUGACAGAUUUCAAAUUGUCUUUAUUUCUCUAAUGUAUCGAGUGCAUAUAUAUAUAUAUUGCUGUUUUAUCCUAUAUGACCUGUGCUAUGUACAGAAUACUAUUGGCUUUUUAUUCGCUGUAUAGAAUGCCAUAAAUGCUGAGUUUAGCUCUAUAUAAUUGUGUUAAUAUUUUACUAAUGUUCCGUGUUAUCAAAUUGUUUUAGUCAGUGUGGUUAUUUGUUUUUAGACUUAUGAAUACGUCAUAGUAACUUUUGUAGACUAGACCCAGAAAGAGGUUGCAUAUUUUUAAACCAUCUCUUACUCUUUUAUUCAAGUUUUGGUAGUAAAGUUAGUUUGUCCUGAUCAAGUUGAUGUCUUUAUAGAUUACAUGUCACAGUUAAAAAUAACUUGCCAUUACCAUGUUUUGACUUUCUAAGGUAUGGUCCACAUGAUUUAUAAUGUUUGCUUGGCAAUGAUGUAAAGUCCAUUUACUAAAGAUUAUAAUAUCGCAUUGUUAAAAAGUCACAACAGGCUCAGAAUCUAGUCUGAGUUGUACCAAAAAAAAUAAAUUUCCGUCUUAAGGUUUUGCUAAUUUUGAAUGAUUCAUGAUUGUGUGGUCACUACCCCUGUCCUGGUCAAUCAUAGGUAACUUGACCCCCAGGCCGCUUCAAUGAAUUGGAGACUAUUCGAGAAAACGCCCUUCUGACCCCACCAUUAAGUGAUUUAAUAUUAAGUGUUGUUAACAUUUACCAGAUACAGUUCCAGUUAAAAGUGUUAAUUUUUAAUGAACAAUAGAGAUUCAUUUAUGCCUCUAUAAAUCAAAAUUUCACUGCCGAAUUAUUCUGUAGCAACAGUAGGAAUUAAUUUUAUUUAUCCAGUUUCACGAUUGUUGUCAUGGGUAUUCAUAAUUAAGCCAUAAAAUUUUUUUUUUUACUCAUGAAAAUGAUUACAUGUGAAAAUUUAUUAAAAAUUGUUUUGCAUCAAUAGGACAAAAUGAAAAAUGUGUUUACUGUUGGUUUGCGUUUUUUUUGCAUUAUAGAUUUCUUUAUAAUUUGUUUUCCCUUAAUAGUCAUCAGUUGCAUGAACCUAACUUGAAGAUUAUCAUUGUUCACAAAAAACAAAGCAUUCCGAUUCCAUGAAACCAGAAUUGAAGCAAUAUUUCAUUCUUUAAACGUAGACAAUCGUCAGUCAGCCUUUUCCACCAUGCAUGGGUAAAGGAAAGUUCAUGCUAUGAUCCCAGGUCUCUUUACGUACACUGUAUGGUACAGAUAUACAUUUGUUAAAUUAAUUUCAUGUCAGUUCAUUUCUGCACAUGUUUCAAAAUUAAUUCUUUAUCCUGCUAAAUCUUGCUUAACUGUGCUCAGUUGAAGAUCUGAUAUUUUAUUAAUAAAAUAUGUUUAUCUAUAUCUUAUUUAGUUAGUUUUGUCUCCUACUAUUAUUACUUUUGUUGUUUUACCAAAUAAUAAAUUAUGCCUGUUUGAA